AUCACGUUUGUGACCCUCACCGACCGAGGCCAUCGACGAAAACCGGCUCCAUAAGUCAGACCAGAGUGAUUAGCCUGUUCGAUUGACUUGCUGUACAUCCGCCGUGCAGCCGAUUACGUGCUGCGUGGGAGCGAGGACCAACAGCCCCUAGGCUCGACUUGACUGCCCCGACUACCCUUCACUGCUUCUUGUUUCAACAUCAACAACUUUUCGCAGGCAUGGCUCCCGCGCCCACUGUAGAGGCGCAGUUCAAGAAGGACGAGAAGGCGCUCUGCUUCCAUCAUGAGCUGAUGUACGAGGCUAAAAUCAUAGAGGUCUCGUCGAAAGAGGAGGCCGAGAAGAAGAACGGCUACCAGUACAAGGUCCACUACAAGGGAUGGAAGAACACCUGGGACGAUUGGGUUGAGGAAGAUCGGCUUCGCAAACUAACACCCGAGAACCGGGAGCUGGCCAACUCGCUCCGGCACGCAGUCCUCGAGCAACAGCGCGCUCAGCGCGCUCAAGCCGCGCCUGUGAAAAAGAAGACGCAAUCCUCAACGCGUGGUAGCGAAGAGCGACAGACGCCAGUCCAGACUGCCCCACCUCGGGGCCAGAAGAGGAUGCGGGAUCAAGACCUUGAAAAGGAGGAGGCGUUCACUACUCGGCGCGCCGUGAGGAUUCUCAUGCCUGACAGGCUAAAGAGCAUUCUCGUCGACGACUGGGAAAACGUCACCAAGCAACUGCAGCUUGUGUCACUCCCUGCCAAGUUUCCCGCCAGCGUCAUUCUCGAUGAGUAUUUCGCGCAUGCGACAGGCUCAGGCAUGCGCACCAGUGCCGAGAUCGACAUCCUCCAGGAGGUCAUCCACGGCCUGAAGGAGUACUUCAACAAGGCACUCGGCCGCCUUCUUCUCUACCGGUUUGAGCGGGAGCAGUUCUUCGACAUCUACUCACAAAUCACCCAGCCCACUGGCGACCUUGCUGGGAAGGCUGUGGCAGACAUCUACGGUGGCGAGCACCUGCUCCGUCUAUUUGUUUCAAUGCCGGAGCUCAUUGCGCAGACAAACAUGGAUGUCCAGGCUGUCAACCGACUACGACAGGAGCUUGGCGCCAUGACGCAUUGGCUCCAGAAGGAGCCCCAAGUCACCAACUUUUUCCAAUCAGUCUACGAAAGCCCCGGAUCGGCGUACAUCGAGAAGGUCAAGACUAGUACCUAGACCUCGCACUUGUACACUGACACACCGACACAUUUAUCAUGUAGGGGGUUGAGAAAUCCUCAGCGACUCCUCUGACUACCUGUCAUGCUGACAUACAUUUCGCACCUCCGUGGGGCACAUUUGUAUCAUUAUCUUUUCAAUUCAAGGCGCUUCGGUGAACAAGGUUCGGUAAGCUCAACAGGUUAAGGUAUUGCAUUCUGCGGAGCAUUUGGGGGUGGGCAGCAGAACAGAAAGAAAUGACCUUAGUUCUAAUCCUCUAUCUAC